AGAACUCGUCGUUGACGUCACACUACCUUUGACACAGAUUGGAUCUCGCCACUGAGUAGAAGAAGCAGCCAGAGGGUCCAAGAUGAACAGAGCUUUCAACAAAACAAGCCUGAAACAGCUGACUGGGGUCCUACGAAGGUUUCAAAGCACCUUGGUGGUUGUAGAGCACAACAAUGAAAAUCUGACCCCUAUCACACUCAAUGCCAUCACUGCUGCCAGUCAGCUGGGUGCCGACGUGUCAUGUCUGGUUGCUGGAACAAACUGUGCACAGGUUGCAGAGCAAAUCAGCAAAGUUCAAGGUGUGAAAAAGGUUCUGAUUGCUCAACAUGAUUCUUACAAAGGUGCCCUGCCAGAGGAGUUGACUCCGCUUAUCCUGGAAACUCAAAAGCAAUUCAAUUUCACCCACAUCUGUGCUGGUGCAUCUGCCUUCGGAAAGAACCUGCUUCCCAGAGUUGCUGCCAAGUUGGAUGUUGCUCCAAUUUCAGAUAUUAUUGAGAUCAAGUCUCCAGACACUUUUGUGAGAACAAUUUAUGCUGGAAAUGCUCUCAGCACUGUGAAAUGCAAUGAGUCGGUCAAGAUCUUCACGGUCAGAGGGACAUCCUUUGAGGCGGCUCCAACAGAGGGAGGAAGUGCUACAUCAGAAGACGUUGCUGCUUCUUCUCCCACUGGAGUUUCCGAGUGGCUGGAACAGAAUCUGACAAAGAGCGAUCGCCCGGAUCUGACCAGCGCUAAAGUUGUGGUGUCAGGAGGAAGAGGCUUGAAGAGUGGUGAUAACUUCAAGCUGCUUUAUGACCUUGCUGACAAGAUGAAUGCUGCAGUUGGUGCAUCCAGAGCAGCAGUGGAUGCUGGGUAUGUCCCCAAUGACAUGCAGGUUGGACAGACAGGCAAGAUUGUAGCACCGGAGUUGUACAUCGCUGUUGGUAUCUCUGGAGCUAUUCAACACCUGGCUGGAAUGAAAGAUAGCAAGACUAUUGUGGCCAUCAACAAGGACCCAGAGGCUCCUAUUUUCCAGGUGGCUGACUACGGCUUGGUCGCUGAUCUUUUCAAGGCUGUUCCUGAGAUGACUAAGGCUCUGGACAAGUGAGGAGAAACAAAGUCAUCACACAAUUGGAACCUGCUGUAAAAAGAAUAUAAAGAGCGACCACACGGCCCCAUAGCCACUGCCUUAACAAAUUCCUCAAUCUGUAUGUGUCUGCAUGCAGAAAUCAUACUGACUGGAAAAAGAAGAUCUUUUCAAUAAAGAAAUAAAUGCCAGUUUUUUAUUAAUACAUGAAUUCAAUAUCAGUGUACAUUUGUACGUACCCGGGGACAGUGUUUUAUGCCUUUAGUAGUAGUGCAGGUGUUGAAAUUUGUAUUUAAUUUUCUGGUUUAGCAAAGGGCAUCUCUGGGAACGCCUGACUUGUCUUCGACCUAGUUGACUGUAAGAUGUAGCUCUUCAUGCUUACGUAGAGGAUGUAUACUCACUGAGAUGCUCUUGGGAAAUAAUGUAUUAAAAUGACAAAUAACUUCUCAUUUA